AUUAUUUCUAAUUAAUGAGCAAACAGCUUUAGAGGGCGUGCGGGUUAAAAUUACACCAGCAAUGUCGCAGCAAGGAAGACAAUCCGACUCUAAGAAAGAAGAAUUCCGUCGCUAUUUAGAAAAAGCCGGAGUCUUAGAUGCCUUUACUAAAGCUCUUGUAGGCUUAUAUGAAGAACCAGACAAGCCAGCAGAUGCGAUGGAGUUUGUUAAAAGACAGCUUCAUGGGGGCCCACCGGAGCCAAUAAACAUGGACGCCCUUAAACAAGAGAUCCAGGACCUGAGAAUGAGGAACCAGCAGUUGGAAGAAGAGAAUGAAAUGCUAAAGUCACAGCUUCUGAAGUAUGAAUCUGAAGAACAGGCACCUGCCACCAGUUAACUAACAGCACUCCAGUAACUACACUUUAGGACUAUUCACUGACUAACUCUUUCACUCUCUUGCAUAUCACGUAUAACAUAUUUACUGCUCAGCAGUGUUAUGCUACACUUCUAUAACUAUUUUUAAUUAUAUUAAACUUUAAAGUAUUACA